GCUGGCUGAGCUCAACCCACAGGAAGACGGAAGCAAAUGCCAAACGCUUGCAAACUCAUCGCUUGAAUCACCGAGGAGGGUACAAGGGCAUGAGCAGAGAGCUUGGGACUAUGACUUAUGAAGAUAGUUCAUAAACCCUCAGUGUGUUACCUCUUUACGUCCACACAGCGUUACUGUAAAUCUUAUUACAUUAACGUUUGACGCCUUUUCAUCCACACAGACGGGAACAGAAUGGCAUCAAUUUUGCUCACCAGAUCUCGGACUCCGUUGCUGAAAACAUCUAGGUCAUUAAAGAACGAAUUCAGAAAAGGAAAGUUGUCAGAAAGCACAUGCUUUAACUGCACUGCACUGCGGUUAGCCACAAACAGCAGUCCUGGUGUUCUUGGUGGCAGCAUCUGGCCUCAUGCAUCCUCUGUCCUGUACCAUGACAAUUCAUCAGCGCUUCAGCACCGCUUAUCCAGGUCACCUCGUCUGUACUGUGCCAUCUUAGUACCUGACGUUGCCCUGCCUGUCCACAACCACUCCACGUACCCCAGGACGAUAGCCUGGCCACAGAACACCCCAGUCCGAUGGGUACAUACUACAGGCCGUCUCUAUGAUGAUUCAAAGGUAGAGCAAUCUUUACGUUCACUGAAGGAUCGGAAUAAAAAGCUUGAGGAGGGUGGACCCGUCUACAGCCCGACCGUAGAUGCCGAACCUGUGCGACGGACAAUACGUCAGCGUGUGAUUGAUGAGGUGAAGCACUACUAUCACGGGUUCCGCCUUCUGUGGAUAGAUACGACUAUUGCUGUGCGGAUGCUCUGGAGGGUGCUGAACGGACAUAUUCUGUCACGCAGAGAGAGGAGACAGUUCCUGAGGACGUGUGCAGAUGUCUUCCGGCUUCUACCCUUUCUGGUUUUUAUCAUCGUUCCAUUCAUGGAGUUUCUGCUUCCCAUUGCACUGAAACUUUUCCCUAACAUGUUGCCGUCCACAUUUGAGACACAGUCCAAAAAGGAGGAAAGACUGAAGAAGGAGCUGAGAGUGAAAUUGGAGAUGGCUAAGUUCUUGCAGGACACCAUCGAGGAGAUUGCACUAAGAAACAAAGCAGCCAAAGGCAAUGUGACCGAGGAGUUCUCCACUUUCUUUCAGAAGAUUCGUGACUCAGGAGAGAGACCCAGUAAUGAGGAGAUCAUACGUUUCUCUAAGCUGUUUGAGGAUGAACUGACUCUAGAUAAUCUGACACGGCCGCAGCUGGUGGCUCUGUGCAAACUGCUGGAGCUGCAGUCCAUCGGCACCAACAAUUUCAUGCGCUUUCAGCUCAUCAUGAAACUCCGAGCCAUCCGUGCAGACGACAAGCUGAUAGCAGAGGAAGGAGUGGACAGUCUGAAUGUGAACGAGCUGCAGGCAGCAUGUCGUGUGAGAGGGAUGAGAGCUCUGGGUGUGACGGAGGAGAGGCUGAGAGAACAGCUUAAGCAGUGGUUGGAGCUUCACUUGAAUCAGCACAUCCCCACAUCUCUGCUGUUGCUGUCCCGAGCUAUGUUCCUGCCAGACACGCUGUCCCCUGCAGACCAGCUUAAAACCACACUUCAGAACCUGCCAGAGAUUGUGACUAAAGAGGCACAAGUGAAGGUUGCAGAGCUGGACUUCUCUAAAGUGGAUAACAAAACCAAGCUGGAGGCCACGCUACAGGAAGAGGCAGCUAUCCGACAGGAAAACAGAGAGCGGGAGCUGGAGAGGCUGGCUGAUGCUGCAGAGAAAGAAAAGGAGCAAAAGGAACAGGCUGCACGGGAGGCUGAGGUGGUGGAGUUGGAAGCGGAACGACGGGUGGAUGCAGAACAUGCUCUCUCCAAUGUGGACGUGACCAUCCAUUCAGAAACACUACGAGAUACUGCACCGGUGCUGGAGGGUAUUAAGUUCGAGCAGUGGCAGAGGUAUCUGCGCAUUCAGGGAGAGGAGAUUACUAAGGAGGAGAUUGACAUGCUGAGUGAUGCCUGCACCAAACUGAAGGAGCAGAAGAAUCUCCUCACCAAAGAGAAAGAGGAGCUGGAGGACCUGAAGGAUGAUGUGCAGGAGUACAGCGAGGACCUGGAGGAGAUCAAGCGAGAGCUAUCCAAGACAGGACAGGAGAAAGUCGUGAAGGAGUCUAAAGCAAGUCAGCGUCUGUCGAAGCGGGUCAACCGCAUGAUUGGCAGAAUGGAUAAGAUCAUCAAUGAGCUGGAGAAGGACAAGAUUGUACUAGACGGACAGAUGGACAGUGGGACCACACCACCAAUUGGAUUGUUCUUUGAGAAACAUAGUGACUUGCCAAGGGAGAAUCUGAUAAGCAUCAAUGAGCUCAUUACAGUCAUGAAGCAGAUCCAGAACAUUCCUGAACACAAGCUGCAAAGCAUCGCAGACGCGCUCGACGAAAACAAAGAUGGCAAGAUAGACAUUGAUGAUGUCUUAAAGGUGGUAGAGCUGAUUGAUAAGGAGGACAUCGAUAUCUCCACCAACCAGGUGGCAGAGAUUAUGGUGAUGCUGCAGAAGGAGGAGAAGCUGGUGGAGAAAGAGAAAGCCAAGGAGAAGGUCGAGAAGGAGCAGGCAGCUAAAAUCCAAAACUAGACUAUCCGUAUAGGGAAUGGAAAAGAUCCAGAAGCUUUUAAAGCUUUUCAGGUUUAUGAAUAUGUGUUAAAAAGCUUCAGAGUGAAACUAAAAACAGUGCUGACCUCCCAUAUGGAUUCAUCUGUAUAUAUAGAACAAAGAAAGAACAAAGAACAAACUAAAAUUGGUUUGUGCAAAUAAGACUGUUGUAUAAUAAGUGAAUUAAGAUAUUUAUUUAUUAAUACAAUUACGAAAGUAAGGCACCUUGGAGCGCCACUAAAUUAAACUAAAGCUAAAAUAACACAGGAAAUGAAGCAGUACAACAUUGCCACGAUUUAACUAAUAUGAGGGAACAAAUUAAGUCAUGUGAACGAAAUCUUAAAGUGGAUAUUAAGACUUGUAUGGCUUAAUAUAACAUAAGUAGUAGAAAACCCAUUAUUUCGCUCAGUGAGCUACUGGCACUACCUGUUGCUAUUUUUAAUACAACACAACUUGAAAAAUGAAAUACUAAUACAAUGCCACAUGCAGGUUUUGGUUGUAAUUUUCAGUCAAAGGGCAACAAGAGAAGCGAUGUAAGUCUUUUUAUUAGGAGAAAAGAAUGGGAAGAUUCCCUUGGAUGAAUAAAACCUUCUAAAGACCCGCAUCUUUGUUCUCUCACUUUAGCUCUGCCUUCGAGGCUUUUAGUAGAACACAGAUACUGAAAGAGCUUAUAAAAGGCAGAGACAAGAAACGCUAGAUGCCAUGCUGGCAGCAUGUAAACAAACCAAUGCUUGGCAUGACACCCAGCUUUGAUUUCACUCGAUAUCAAGGGGCGUUUAGACUUCUUGUGAGGAAAAAUCUAUGAUACGGUUUGGUUUAAGCCUAUGCUUAUAUCCAUCAAUGCCUGUAAGCUCUUUCAGUAGCUGUGGCUUCAUAUCAGUAUUUUAUUUUCCAGGUUAUGUUGAAGUAAAUAUAGCAACAGGUAGCGCCAGUAGCUCACUGAGUGCAACCAUUUCAUAUCAUCGAAAUAAUGGUGUCCCCCAUAGUCCAAAAUAUGUAUAAACAGAUUUUUUUUUUAAAUAAGGUUAGUCUUUCAUGCGUUUCUACUACAUAUUUCAGUAAUAGACAACAGUUAUGUUAUUUUAAGCCAUACAAGUCUUAAUACCCAGGUUUCCUGUAAUUAAUGGCCAUCAUAUCUUUUAUUAGAGGCUCCAUAAAUUCAAAAAUAAAUUUUGAAAGAAUAUUGGAUCAUAUAUUUACAAAAAGACCCACUUAAAUGUCAAAUGUGUCUUUUCUGGCACAAAUCGGACUGUUUAUUUGAGCGGCUGGAUAUAAUGACAUAAGUGCAACCAUUAGCAUGAGUUUGGGGUGCAACUAUCAGCCUUUUUUUUUUUUUUUUUUUUUUUUUUUAAUUAAUUUAUAAAACGUAAACGUUAUUAUUUUCAUAAUCUUACAACAUGGCAGUGAUGUCAUUUCCUGUGAUCUGAGGUCAUUUCCUCUCUUUGCACAUCACAUCACAUCACCUGUCACCAUCAUUCCACUACUCGUCCCCUUUUAUUGUCCUGUUUGUAUUUCUUUUCAGUUCACAAGCUUCAUGAGAUUCUUGAAUGUUGGUUAGAUGAUGCUGAUAUCACACUCAUGUUUAUUUAAUAACCAAAGAAGCUUUGUUGCAGAUAUUAUGCUUGAUUUAUACUUGUACAUACACAUUCAAGUCACCAAGCACUGCAGCUUUCAGCAAAAGUCUGAAAUAAUAUUGGGACGUAUCCCUUCAGCACUUGAGCUUAAUUCAGGGCAGAAGCUUUUGUACAGACUUGAAGAUGGCUGAGUCAAAUCCAGUUUUUUAUUUAACUUUUAUCUUUGAUUUCAGCAUCACACUUACAUUGUGGCCUUAGUAAUCAAUAUCCCUUAUCCAAAAUAAGCUUAAAUUGAGAUAUAGCUAUAUUAAUAAUUGCUGGUAUUUGCAUUGUAAAUAUCUGUGCAGUGGGCAUCUCUGUUAGCUAGCUUGGGUAAAUGAUAGAUGAACUGUGUUUGUGAAUAUUUGUAUGUGUGACAAAGUUCUGCUGGGUACCUGAAAGAGAAAAAUGGAAGUCAGCGCAGACAGAAUCAGGGUACGGCUCAGCUAGUGACCUGGAUGAUCCCUCACUCCUUACAUGGAGAGAGCGGCAGCUCUCAUAGCAGAGCACCUACACUAACUGGAAUGUGUCCAUCAGCAUGAGACUCGCAUGCUCACUGGAGUCUGGUAGCAUAGUUUCACAGGGCACAUAAGGCAGGGGAUACAUCAUCUUAACCCUAAACAUGUCAUAGCGAGGGACCAGCAUGUCUAACCUCAAAACACUGUUCCUGUGCUGUGUCUCAGAGAGAGAGACUGGGUGCCUAUUUCACAUCGUGUCCCUUAAAAGGAUAGUUCGCCCAGAAAUUACAAUUUGGUCAUUAUUUAUUCGCCCUCAUGUUUUCUUAUUGCGUAACACACAAAAUGAGAUGUUUAGCAGAAUGUUCAUGCUGCUCUUUUCCAUACAAGAGAAAAAAGUCAUAUGUUUAUAACCACUUGAGGACGAGUAAAUGAUGACAGGAUUGUCAUUUUUGGGGGGUAAACUGUCUAUGAUUUACCUAGGGGACCCUUAACUACAGUAAUGGCGUUUAGGCCUUAAAAUAUUUUCAUUAAUUAGUAUUAUAAGAAUAUUAAAAGUCCAUGUUUGUUUUUUAGAGCAAGUAUUUUAUGCUGACGUGUAAUUGCACUAUAAUUAUUAAGAGCUUUAUUUUUUUUCCCCCCAUUUUUGGCGUGUCGAUCUAGACUCAGGAAGAUGCAUGUAAUGUCUGUUUGCACUCUAAGAGAUAUUUUGAGGAAACGCACACUUUAAUUUUUAAAGUGAUAGAUGCGACGAAGUGUGAAUAUUGUAGAAAGGUAUAAAAAUACCUUGCUUAUUGUGUUUUGUUUUGCAAUUUUAAAUUGAGUUUGCAUUCAGAUUAAUUUAUAAAAGACAGUGCAUGUGCACAUAAAAGUGACCACAGAUGAAAGGGAGUAAAGAGAUGAUGGAAACUAAUUUACUGCUUAAGCAAAUUUAAGUUAAUUUGAUUUAUUAUUUUUUCCUUUUAUGGCCUGUACAUUGUGUCUUUAAUGGUAUUUACUUGACCGUCCUGUAUUUUAGAAGGUUCAAAACCUAAAUACUGUUACGCUAGUUAACCUGUAGACUGAAUAAUGGGUGAAAAUGAGAGUGAUACGUGCAAAAAUGUAAUUGAAAAUCAGAAUGACGUAUGACGUAAAAUAAUUAUUUUAUUUUAUUGUUCAUACUACCUAUGUAAAUAUACUAUUUACAUACCAGUGGUUCCAAAGUCUAAUAAAAUCAAACUGAUCUUUAA